GCCCCGACGCGGUCCUGUCGCGGACCGGCUUCCACCGCCACUGUCCCUCGCCUCGCGCUGCACUCGUUCCCCGUCGACCCGCCAGUGUCAAGGUGCUUGCGCUCUACAGCUCUGAAAUCUAUCCUCAGUGUUCAUUUUUUUAUAUCGGUGUUACAGUUUAGAUUGAAAUGUAAGUGUGUUACAGAAUAAUUACCACAGAGCAGAGCCUAAGUGUGAGUCGGUCUCCGUAUAGCGGCUGACAUGACUGGAAGCUCAGUAGACGUGAUAUCUACGGUGUACAGGCCAUCCAACACUCCUGUACAGCACUUCAGUAAUGUGCUGAGUGGUACGAGUGAUUCUUCUCAGCACAUCAGUCAUGUGCUCAGUGCACGAGUGAACCACUGAUCCCGGGUCCUUUUCGCCCAGUCCAGCCUGCAUGACAAGGUUGUCUUUCUUUCCUAGUUAGUUUCGUAAAGAGAAAGACUUCGCUUGUCGCCAUGGCGGUAUCAGACCAAGAGAUUGACCAGCUCUAUGCAGCACGAUAUCGACUGGACCAGCUGUUUCAGAACAGUCCUGAAUUUCAGGACAGCCUUGAGAACAGUAGUACUGUAAACUCUCCGUCUGCAAUGUCACAUAAAUCACACAGGUCUCACCGAACUCAUAGGUCCCACAGAUCUGACCGGUCUCAUAGGUCCCACAGAUCUGACCGGUCUCAUAGUCAGGUCAGAACGUCUCGUCAGAAAGAUGAUCAUAAUCCCAAUCCGGAGGGUGUUCGGUCGCCCAAGGGGUCUCUUCGUCGGAGGAAACAUGAAGCCAGCCCGUCGGGCGCCUCCUCCCCUCACUGGCCCCAGGAAGACGGGCUCCAGAAGAAUAACUGUGAGGGCAACAGCCCGAAGGUGGAGCCUGUUCCUGCUCGGCGACCCCAACCCCUUUUCCAGCCUGGCUUCUCUUACAUCUACCCUAACGUAGACGGUAAUGCACCCGUAGACAAACAUCCAGUUCGCCGCUAUUCUUUCUUGGGGCCGUCGACGAAGCUUCUCUCCGACACAGCUCUACCCUUUAAAGGCAAGUUGGAAUAUUUCGACCGUCUGUCUCGGGGGUCUACGCCAGAGCCUGCAGCUCCGUUCUCCCAGAGUCACAGAAGAGUUGCCUCUACCCACAUAACAACCGCUCCCACCCACUAUUGCGAUAAUAAAAACAAGCCACAAGCAGAUAGAAAUUCUGCUAGAUUCGAAUUAGCUAGAGUGCAACAGGCUAAACCUCCAGACUCUCCUUCAUCAAGGAGCACUCGGGCAUUAGAUGAAAAUCCUCAUUUCUCAAAGAAUGUGGACAGUUCGACGUCCCCGGUACCUAAAAGAAGCCCUCAUGAGAACAGUACUGCGAGUCCUGCACCCUCUCUUCAGGCAGAACUUGAUGAAAGGCUACUGAAGAGACAUAAGUGUUUGCCAGGUGCCUGGAAGCUGGUAAUGCCAACUAAUGAGGCGUCACCUGUGCAUCGACGGCAGAUGCUACUGCAGGUGAGCUACAAGGAAAACAAGGACUCGCCACACCCGAGCCCAGCCACAAGUGUCAGUCUGAGGGUCUGCAAAGAUAACUGUGGGGACGACCAGUCCAGUGACGCUACUGGCGGUAACCUGAGUAGAAUAAGUACUUUUGCAGAAAUAAAGAAAAACGAACAGGAUUCCAGACAUGAAAGAGAAUACAGGAGCCAAAGCUUCAAUGUGCCCGGAGAAAAUGGACGUCCUUCUGGGAGGAGGGACUCUGAGAGAACUGCAAGAAAGUCUUCGCAAGAACCAAAGAGUAAUUUACAGCGACACGAAAACAGUCCCAUGGGUCACAUUGCUCGUAAAAGUCUAGCUGUUGGACAGGCUAAAAUCAGCGAUUCAGUUAACCAAAUUACAGAAUCUAUGUCUCAGUUGAGGAGGACUUUAAGCAAAGGAGUCGGCCGGUCACUGACUCGGUCGUUUAGUAAGUCCAUCAGCAAGUCCCUUGCCAGAAAGUAUAAGCGACAGUUCAAUGACGACCCAGACGCCUCGUUUCGCAGGGAACAGAAGAAUAAACCAACGCUUUCUGACACGUUUAGCACCUUGAGGAGGAGCCAGGGUAUGAACCCUAACAGAACCCACUACCAGGCGCUCUUCGGCGACGCCUGUGACAGAGAUCGGGAGAGGAAGGGCGCGGAGACUAACAGCAUUUCGGAUAUUCACCGAUUCUUCCACAGUCACGAUACUGAGGGAGACUCAAGGUCUCAGAAGUCCUACAAGUCAUCCUCCCUGCCACACCCCGUCGACGCCUCCGUCAGGGAGGCAGUCUCCCUGCGUGAGAAACACCCGGAGAAGUUCUGGACCUUCACCACUAGUGUUGUCCUUCCUGACUAUGAGCCCAAGAGAGCGUACCCGGACCAUCCUGAGAGGGACUCCCUGGACGGCCAUCUGCCUGGGUCCUCCCACGGCACGGGCAACCCCCCUCCGCCCCCCACUCCCCCCUCCCCACCGGCAGCGUCCACCAAGCCAACAGGAGGCGCCUUCACCAAGGGCCCGAACGCCAAAAACAAGAAGCACAAAAAGCUGAAGAACGAAUCCGAUGAGUCGUCCAUCCCAGGAGGAGAACUUCCGGAGAAGGAGAAGCCCAAGAAAGAGAAGUUGGAGAAGAGCAGCAAGGACAGAGACAUGGAGGCAGGAGGAGGGUACAGACCCAAGACCGAGCCAUACACCUACCUGUGGGUGGUGAUGUCGGGCAUGUACGGGAAGCUGGUGGUGCUCCUCAUGCUGGCCUUCUGUCUCACUGAGGUCCUCGACAACACCGUCCUCCCCUUCACCUUCCAGGGGGUGUUCCUUAUGUACCUGUACGUGGGCUCGAUCGUUGCAAUCAUGUGCAUCUACGUGUCCGUGAUCAUCGACAACUGCCCCUCCAUCACGGCCAGCAAGGAGAACCUGACUAAGCACGAGGACCCCGAGGUGGGCUCCAUCACCUCCUUCGGCACGCUCAAGAGGGCCCACAUCUCCCGCUCCAAGACCUCCAGGACAUCCUUCUACCUCAGAGUUGGCGCCUUAGUAUUUGGUCUGGGCACCCUCAUCUUCAACGGACUCGAGAUCGCCAUGCACUCCACCAUGAAGAGCGAGUGCGUGAAGGACAUAGUCUUCGCCCACCCCAUCCUGCAGGCGCUCUUCACCUUCCUCCAGAUGCACUUCCUCUUCGUCAACUCGGAGGUGAUCGUGGAGAAGUUCGGGCAGGUGGCGAGGUUCGGCUUCAUGCACCUGGUGGCCACCAACAUCGCCAUCUGGAUCAGAAUGGUGGUGUGGGAGUCCGCCACCGUCUGGAUAGAGGAUACCUACGCUUACAAGCCAGCAGGCGAGGUCCCGCAGCAGGCGGAGCAGGUGCUGCGGCUGUACUCCUGCUUCCAGAACAACACCCUCGGACGCCUGUGGACCGACGCUCAGCCCUACCUCUUCCCCUUCCUCGUCCAGUAUAGCUUGAUAGCGGCGGCCGUGACCUACAUCAUGUGGUGCAACGUGGGCAAGGAGAAGCUCAAGAAGCUGGGUCGUCUGGGCAAGGCGGGCAUGGAGGACUCGGCCACCCUCGACAAACGCUGCGUCAGGAAGGGCUACUGGAAGGUUGACUGCAGGUCGGCCUCCAAGGGGCUCUUCCUGGGCCUGCUGUGUCUGGUGGGCGGCGUAGUCAUCCUCAUCAUUUUCUUCGUCAUGAAAGACCAAGAAGACUUCAAAACGAAGAUGUUCUGGAUGUGCAACGGCACUCAGAUGAUCAUUCUCUCCCUCUCUAUUAUCUGCAGCAUCAUCGGGUUCCUACAGAUCCCUAAGCUCUCCAUCUCCACCACCAAGCCCCUCGACCUCGACCGCCUUCUCCUCUCGUCUACCAUCAUCGGCGUCUACGUGUUCGCCGUCUUCGGAAUGAUCGUGGGAGGUAUUAACUACACCCAGUCUGAGUACAUGGCCACGUUCUGCGUCCACGGCUUGCUCUUCGUGCAGGUAUCACUCCAGGACAUGCUGGUGGCCGAAGCAAGCCGACGCACCUGUUCCUCCAGGUACCAGAUGCUAACUAAGCCGGGUCGACAGGUGAUCACCUUCCUGUUGUUCGCCAACAUCACCUUGUGGAUCCUGGACACCUUUAUGACACACACGAGUGUCUCGCAGCAGUUCCAGUUCGGGUUUUACGGAGUGCUGGCGUGGGGCAUCAUCUCUCGCAUCUCCCUCCCGCUCCUCAUCCUCUACCGCUUCCACUCCGCUGUCAUACUGGUGGAGAUCUGGAAGAACACGUACAGGACUAAGGCUGCCUAGGAGGCGUCACCUACAGCCAGUCUAGAACUAAGUGGCCAGGCCCAUCUUCUUAACCCCAACACACGAAAUAUUCCCAUGUGUGUCGCAAACUCUUGCUCACACCAAACACACCUUGAUUCUGCUUCUCAAACGUUAACCUGUUGUAAUAUCUACGAUUCUUUCUCACGCCUAUCCACUUCACAUACACAUCGUUCUCACCAACUUGCCCCUCUCAUCCCUUCCAUUCUACACAAGUCUUUCUCUCGCUGUGAACCUCCUCUUCCAGUGUCCCUUGGCUCCCGCCACCCUCCUGGCAGAGGUCUUGGGAGUUCUCCCUCCGAGACCUCGUCUGCCACCUCCCGCCUGUCUGCCUCCAUCCCCGUCCUGACGCAGGUGAUAAGGUUCACCCCCGACCCUAUGACUCCCCCUCGACUAAAUGACCAGUUAGACUUGUACAACUUUUCUCAGGACUCACUUGUGCAGCCUGCUGUACAGCGGGCUGCACAAGUGAUGACAAGUAAUGUAUUUCACGACACACCACACAUGACGCUAGUCUCACCAGCUGCAGGUAAACACAAUGAUGACAUGAAAGACCGAGUGAAGCGUAGAGACCAGAAGCUGAGGAGACUUAUGUUUGGUGACAGCUCAACGUUACUGAGACAGCGUAGCUUAGUCAUAAAGGAACUGAUGGUGGGUCAUGGCCACCAGGGCUGCCUCAUGACCACUAAACCUGUUCAAAAUGAGCUUAGAAAACUACUCAAUAAGACUAUGAGAUUAAAGUCAAAAGACAGGAGAAGAGCUCCCUCAAUUGAGAAGCUUCGCCGGUGGGUGAAGAAGAAGCGUAGCAGAAGUGAAAACUUGGUAAGUAUUUUAGAUUCCGGCACUACAAGGGGAGACUGGAGACGCAUCGGUACGGACAGCCUAGGGGACAUUAGUAGACAGGGCUCCCCUCAGCAGUCCGGGGCGAGCAGUGGCUCUUACUUGACACCCAUACCUGUGACACCCUCCCGACAUAACCAACGACAGACCCGACACCCGACAUCCCUUAGACGCUCACACUCAGAACGGAGCAACCAAGAAAGGCAUGGCAGGCCAGAACAGAUCUUACAAGAUAAUUCACCAAAUCACGGAAGUGUGAGACACAGUAGAAGGGCACGUUCCUUUAGAGAAAGGUCACGUGAUUAUGCUACACAGAGCACCAGUGACAGAAUUUCAGACCUUUCAGAGACCGAAGGGUUUGCGCAAAAUACCUCAAGGAAAUGCAAGAGGAAUCAGUUUUCAUUAAGGAGACGAGAAAAUGCCGAUUACUCCAGUCACAAGCCUAAUGCCGUCUCUGCUUACUACAGAGAACAUAUGUUAGCGAGACGUCACAGCGAGCGUCAGCGCCAUGUAUCUCCUCCUGAAGGCUCGUGCUGCUCUUCCUGGAGCAGGGCACCGUCGUCGUCACCUCCAAGAACAUUUCAGACAGAGAGUUCCCGUCCAUCCCACUAUGGAGGCUCUGCUUCACCGCGGCCUCGGUCUCGGCUACAGCGGCUACGUCAGGUGUGGCAGGAGGACGAUAUCUAUGCCCUCAAUCCCUUCGAUUCAUGGCGCCUCCGUCAUUUGCCUACCCACACCUGUCCACCCACGCCGCACCCACAACGCCAACGUAAAAAUCAAGGUGACGUAGGGCUCGGUGCCCUGCUUCCUAACCGAGCGCCUAUUAGGCAACAAAUUCGAAACUCUUGGAGAAUGAAGAGAUAUACGCCUUCGCCUUCUUCCACUCACCAGUACGAUUAUGGUGACACUGACUCCCCUCCGCCAUCUCCUACUCAGAGGUUAUCUCACCUGCUCCCUCACCCCACUGACAUCAUCUUCCGUAAACACCCUAAUGAGAGCCCUUACCCUAACCCUCAACUGUCAGGGCCGCUCAACCCUUUCCACUUAGAGGCCUCGCCCCUCGUCCUGGGCUGGCUGCAGGUGCCCAGCAACGCCAACGACCCCACCAAGAGCAUGAUGUUCCGCAAGGCACCGUGGCUCAACCAUCUGCAGUUCCUCGGUAAAUGAUAUGUGCCUUCCAUAGAUUCUUGCCUGCACCCAAGUCGCACCUCGUAGUACACACACACACACACACACACACACACACACACACACACACACACACACACACACACACACACACACACGCACACGCACACGCACACGCACCCACGCGCCACACUGUCUCCUUUACCAGGGGUACCACCCUGGUGGUGAGCUCUGUACCUGUCACCCUGAUGAUGCUCUCCCUCCCUGUCUCCCUCUCCUUUGUGGUGCUCUGCCUCCCACCGUCACCCUGGUUGUGCUCUCCCUACUACUGUCACCCUGAUGGUACUUUCCGUCCCAUCAUCACCCUGGUGGUGUUCUCCCAUCUACCGUCACCCUGGUGGUGAUCUCCCUUUACCGUCACCCUGGUGGUGAUCUCCCUUUACCGUCACCCUGGUGGUGAUCACCCUUUACCGUCACCCUGGUGGUGAUCUCCCUUUACCGUCACCCUGGUGGUGAUCUCCCUUUACCGUCACCCUGGUGGUGAUCUCCCUUUACCGUCACCCUGGUGGUGAUCUCCCUUUACCGUCACCCUGGUGGUGAUCUCCCACCUACCGUCACCCUGAACGUCACUCUGGGGGUAGUCACCCUCCCAUCGUCACCACGGAGGUGGAGACAUCCUUGCCCCCCUCCUCUCUCCCCUCUUCUCCCCUCACCACAGUCGAGGCAUCAGUGUGGACAACGUGUUGAUAUUGUAGUUUUCAGUAGUGUUCCCCUCGCCUCGCGCGUCACCAGCUGGUUAUUUGUUUAUUAUGUAUCCCCCUGUGUUAUUGUAUUAGUAAUUAUUGUUGAUUAGUUGUUAAGUUGAAGCCAUACAGACUCUGUGAAGUUGUGGCCCACUUGUUCACAGACUUCACUUCAAAAGUGAUGAGCAGGGUUCCCAUCUGCUUAACGUAAUUCACUCUCUAUACAGCUUUAGUUCGUAUAGUUGAUCUUUGAUACAAUGUUUGUUGUGCAUUUGUUUGGAAUUUUAGUGUAAGAUAGUCAAAAGUGUUACGUAUGUGUGCCUGUUUGACUGCCAAAUGUAAAGUGUUUAGAUGUGUAUGUGUUGCCAAUAAUGUAGAUAUUAUUGACUAUGUGAGACACAUUUGUUAUUUAUUGUCCAUCUUCAUAAUAGACUGUAUUGGUAUCGGUAAUAAAUUAAUGCAAAUUUUGUGUUUGAAUGAGGGUUCCGGGUUUAGUAAUGUACAUAGGCUUUUUAUUAUUGUUAAUUAUGAAAUAAAACACCAUAUAGCCUA